AUGCCGCCAUCAUCACGCCAACCAGACCGACAUCAUGAAACCGACUCCCUGGAACACAUUGCUUUGCCUAAUCUGAACCGCGAGGCUACAUCCUCGUCGUUUGGCGAAGACGGUGCGAAAGCUGGUGGUGAGAAUGAAACCACGACCCAUCAUUCCCGCUCGAAAGAAGAGGACCUGAAGGACGAUCAAUCGAGCCACUCAGAGAAAGCAAGCCUUCACAAAAAGACGCCUUCCGAGCCUCUGGUGAUCAAGAAGAUGGCAGGCAUAGACGACAUCCCCCUGGAAGACGACUCUCACAUGCCAGCUAUGACAUUCCGCGCCCUACUCACGGGUCUCUUUAUCAGCUCGACAGCUGCCGUAAUUCAGCAAUUCUUCUUGUUCAAACCAUCAAGAUCUCAAGUACAACCCCUCUUUUUGCAGUUGGCCUGUCUUUUGGUCGGCCGCAGUCUCCAAAACAUCCCUGGUCCCACCUGGUGGAACCCAGGACCCUACUCGAUCAAAGAAAACACUUUGAGUUCGAUCAUGGCCACUGCAGCCGCCGUUGGCACCCUGGCCGUCGAAAUGAUAGCCACUCAGGAACUGUAUGAAGAGCGUCCAUUUCAUUAUGCCACCGCGAUGGCCAUCAUGCUGAGUUCGCAGUUGAUCGGGUAUGGGUUUGCUGGUUUAUUGAGAGCUCCGUUGGUACAUUCAAAGAGAGCUGUCUUCCCAGCUGUGCUACCUGCCGUCGCUCUUUUCCACUCGUUUCAUUAUCGAGAUGGCAUGCACACUGAACGCCAUCUGGGAUUAUUCAAGACCGUCUUUUUUGGGACUGCCAUCUACGAGAUUUUCCCACAAUACAUCGCACCUACUCUUCAGGCAAUUAAUCCUUUCUGCUUGAGGUGGCAACAUAGUCCCGCCGUCACCCGCUUGUUCGGUGGCGCUCUUGCCCAUGAGGGACUUGGAAUGCUGAGUUUGUCAUUUGAUUGGAACGUUGUUGGUGCACUGGGUCCUCUCUUCACACCUUUUGCAGCUCAGGUUAAUGAAUGGGUCGGUGUCCUCCUCGCCUACCUGUUUUAUCCAGUGGGAUGGGAACAUUCGUGGUUUGAUGGCGGCAAACAUGAUGGCUUCCCAUUCCUCAGCACGCAGCUUUUGACCCACGAUGGAGAGCUAUACAACCGCACUGCAAUUAUGAGGGAAGACGGUACCGGAAAUUGGGAGAUGAUAGAGAAACUCGGUGCCCCCUAUUUUAGCACUUCGUACAUUUUGGCCAACAUUGCUACCAGUUUAGCUGUCGGUGCGGCCGUCAGUCACUGUCUAUUAUGGGGAUGGGGAUCUAUCACUUCGAUAUUCACACGAAAGGGACUAGAAGAGGAAGAAGUUGACAAGCACCAGAUCGUCUGCCGCAAAUAUCCUGAAGUGCCUCUAUGGGUCUACCUUGCUAUGCUCUUCUUUGCUGUUUCGGUUGCGUUCUUGGCGGCCUCUCUCACGGACUCGGGAUUGUCGGCUUCUGCAUUAGUCGUGGCGCUUGUUUUGGCCGGUUUAUUGACAAUUGCUUCAGCCUAUCUCAAAGCAACUACGGGUGCUUCCUUGGAAGUUGAACCCGUUAUCCAAAUGCUUGGAGGUAUGGCCUUCCCAAGCGAUGCGUUCGGGAAUAUGUGGUUCACCACGUAUGGAUCAGCAACGGUAUCCCAAUCAAUCAGCAUGCUUCAGGAUCUGAAACUGGGGCAAUAUAUGCAUCUACCACCGAUGAGCGUUCUGAUUUUCCAGACAAUUGGCACGAUUGCGGGUGUUAUUUUCAACUACAUGGUGAUGAGCCUGGUGGUCAAUACAAAUCGAGAAUUACUAAGAUCAGAAUAUGGCAAUCAAGUUUUCACCGGCGUGGUUUUGGAAGAUUUCCAAAGUCAAGCUAUCAGUUGGGGAAUCUUCGCACACGAAUUAUUUAAAGCUGGUGCUCGCUAUGUUAUUGUACCAAUCAGUCUGGGGUUUGGUUUCUUGUUACCCAUUCCAUUUUUUAUCUUGCACCGUUCUGUACCGAGGUUUCGUUUGGAUCUUGUCAACACUCCCCUAGUCUGUGGUACUUUUGCGCUGGUUCUUGAUCGUGCCAAUGCGGGAUUUACUAUGUCUGUUCUUGUUGGAUUUCUGUCUCAAUUUUAUGCUCGCCGAUAUCAUCCGCACUGGUUCCAUUGUUCAAACUAUGUGCUCAGCGCCGCGCUGGACGGGGGUGCCCAAGUGACUGCCGUCCUUCUAGGUUUCGUUGUUGAAGGUGGGGCAGGAUGGAAGCGGCUCAAGUUCCCACAAUAUUUCUUAAACCCUGCAACAAUACCUUUUCGUGAACGUGCUCCGGAUUACUGCAUGUUGCACACACCAACAGAAUAA